AUGGCGAUGAUACUGCGCCUGCAAGAGGAGAAGGCGGCGAUCGAGAUGGAAGCUAAGCAAUACCGAAGGACGAUCGAGGCAAAAUCUGCAUACGAUGCUGAAGAAAUGAACAUUCUCAAAGAGAUCAUAAUAAGAAGAGAAAGGGAAAAGUAUUUCUUGGAGAAGGAAGUUGAAGCUUGCGUGCAAAUGUUAUACGGGAACGAGCAAUUGGAGGCCGAUACGUAUGACAUCGCGGUCAUGAACGAACGAGGGACGUCGAGCGAGGAGCAGGGUCCGCUUCCGAUUCAGCAGUUCAGUCUACAGAUUACCGAGUUAAAUGAAACUGCUGGCAAUGAAGCAUAUAUGUUUCGAAGUGAUGAUGAGAAUCUUAACCGUCAAGAAAGACAUGUUGAUGAGAAAAGGAUUAAUGCUACAGAAGAAGAAGAGGAGGAGCGAUGCGGUGAAUCCAAUCCGGACCAACGCUUGACACCGAAAACAACUGAGCCAAAUAUAGUUUUCCCCUACAACAAUGAAACUAUGGAGAAGGGUGGAGAAGGUUUACAUGGCUCGGGUUCUGGUUUCAAUUGUCGUGUUCUCGAUGUUCAUGUCGUUAGUGGUGCAUCGAACCUGGAUAACAAAGAAGGUGAAAAAAGAAUCGAUAAGGAGCCUAAAACAAGCGAUAAUCAAACCAUUAUCGAACCUUGCAGGACAAGAAACAGUUUAGACAGAUCUGAAGGGUUACCACCGCUUGGUCCUUCACAACCCAAAUCUUUGCAUAGAAAAUCCAGGUCGGCAUUCGAUUACGAAAGGUCGAAAAUCGACAACGAAGUCGGGUGGCUCAGAGAAAGGCUGAAGAUAGUACAGCUGGGAAGAGAGAAGCUUAACUUACCUGCAGGGCACAGGGAAAAGGAACAAGUAGAGUUGCAGAUAUUGGAAGAUAUUGUGAGUCAGCUUCGCGAAGAUACGGCAAUUAACGGAACCGGGGAAGGCUCUGCGACAAGCAUAUUUGCCCCCUCUAUCAUCUAA